AUUCAUAUCUAGGUGUGUGCGGUAAAAGCUAACAACCUACUUGGCGUGAGGUUGUAUUGCCAAUUCAAGCUAUUGAAUAGAUGUUAUUAAUAUUACCCCCUGAAGGCUGAAAGGAAGGAAGAUAAUAGAUUGGCUGGUAAUGAAAAGAGCUUGAUCCGUUUCUGGGGUGACGAUGCAUGUAUGUACAUGUAACAGGUAGCUUGCUUCCCUCGUUGCUUGGUUACUCCUUUGGUUAUGAUUCUAUACCAGGUGGAUUGAAAUGUACACAGACGUCGUUUGUUCGUAGGUCCCAUUACAGUCAAUAUCGCGAUUCUAGCAAGGCAGUACUUUGACUUCGCUCAGAGUAAUUUCUUAUUCACAGACGUUUUCGUCAAGAAUUGAUUUUAAAUUGACAGACAACUUUUGAUGUUUGAACUUCCAUAGGAAGCAUACUGGAAUACAUUUCUGAUUUUUUAGGUAUAAGGUGAAACUGCUGUAGUGAGCAAUGUAUAGUCCUACUAAACCCCGUGGUCCUAUCGCAGCAUCCUUCACUGGUCCAGGACCCAGUUACAAACUUCCCGACCUUGUCGGAGGGAAGACCGCCAUCACCAAGAGACAGAUGCCAAGUCAUAUUUUCGGUAUAAAACACAGAUCAUUCACCACCGACUCCAGUCCAGGACCAUGCCACAAUUACCCUUCUAAAGUCACCAGGAGAGGAAAUGAUGGCACUCCACACUAUUCCCUGUAUGACCGUCCUAGGGACAUAUCUACAUUCAAGACACCAGGACCGGGAGCAUACUCACCUGAAAACGCUGGACCUACUUCGUACCCUCGUGCUCCUCAGUCUACCUUUGGUUCCAGAACAAAAGGAUCUAAGGUCGACCAGUCACCAGCACCCAAUAGUUACAUGCCAGCCGCAGUCAAUUUUAAAGACUCGAUUACAAAGCCCUCCGCACCUAGGUUUUCAUUUAGGGACCGCCCUAAGGUUGGAAGCUUUGCUGAAGAUAUGGCCAAGACCCCAGGACCUGGAUCGCAUAGUAUUGUAAACCCAUCCAUCUACAAGCAUGCACCCCCUAGCUAUUCAAUGAUUGGAAGAAACCAAAUGCCAAGUGAUAAUACACGUAAACCAGGACCCGGAGCACACAGUCCAGAGAAGUACACAAUCACAAAGAAAUCUGCUCCAAAAUUCCCAUUUGGUAUUCGUCACUCUGAGUAUACUACACCCCUCAUUAUUCAGCAGACCUCAGAAUAAAAUGUACAUGUGUGACAUUUUUAUUUGAUACCGGUAUGUUGAGCUCUGCCAUAUUAUAUGGAGUGUAUGUAUGCAGUAGAGGGCAUCUUGGAUAAAAACAUGGAUCCCUUUCUGCCAAUCAAAACAUGCAGAUCAGGCUCAACAUGUUGUCACAGUAGCAGCAACAACAAUUUUCAGAUUGUGGUGACAGCUACAUUUAGUAUUCACAACAUGUUCCACAGAGUUUGAGAGUUAUGCACUGCAUUUAUUAUAAUGACUUGAUGAGAUGAUGUGUAACAACAGAGAUGCAUAUGUAUGGAAUGUUCAUGAAAACUAAUAUUGAAUCAACUUUGAUUUUAUUCUGUAUAUAAAGAAGAGAAUUUUGCAAUGUAUAUUAAAGAUGUAUUCAUAUUUUCAAUGCUGUUUCUGUGCACUUCUCUAAAACAAGCCACUGCAGUUGAAUGUAAACUAUUAAAAUUUCUUUAGUGUACAACUACACAUUCACAUCUAGAUCAUGGACAGUUAAUUGCAUUUAGUUUUUCACCAAAUAUUUGUAAGUAUUAUCUGUAACACGCUGAAUUGAUGUGUGAUACACGAUGUGUUCUGUUAUUUCUACUUAUCAGCCUUUUGAAGUAAACAGGAAUCUCCUCCUGAUAGUUAAUAUUCUUAUUUUUUAUUUGUUGGAGAUGUUACAUGUAGCUUAAUGUAUAUUUAUGAAAGUGAUUGUGUGGCAUGUAUGUUAAGAUCUCCAAUAUUAUGAUUUAGAUUUAGAAGGGGAAAAUUAAAGUACUGUUUCUCGAGCAGGACCGACCAACUGGUGCUUUUUUCAUGAGCAUUUUAUGCGUAGAGCUCUGUUUGUGUUUGAGCUAUUGGCCCGUAUUCUGAAGUCAGGCAGAUCUGUCAGGUUCAACUUAGACCAUGGUCUAACUCUGUGCUAAAAUUAUGGGAAGCCAAAAGUGUCAACAUUUUUAUUAAGUUGUAUGUUUUUUAUGUUUACUGUGCUCUUUCCUGAUUCAUCGAUGGUGAAGACAAUCAUCUAUUUAUACUUCUUAGACAAUUAUGAAUGAUUUGAGAGCCAAAUGAGCUGAAAUAUGAUAUCUCUACUGUAUUGAUUCAUGUAACAAUUGGCUAUCCAUACUUAAACCACAACUUUAAACCUGAGUUUAACUUAAACCCGACUUCAGAAUACGGGCCAUUGAAUUUUCCAUGCGUUAUUAAUUUUGUACCAAGAAGAGUCUUUGUUUUACUGCUCAUUCAUUUCAUCUAGAUCUAGGUAAAUAACUGUUUGCUUCCAAAAUAAUAUGUGUACAGUACAUGAAUGUAACAAUGUGCAGUUAUCAUUAUGCAAAGAUUGGGGAAUAACACAUCUGUGUGGUUUCAUCAAAGAAUAAAAAAAUUGAAAGUUGAAUUAAAUGUUUUAAUCAUAGUUUCAUUGAAGCGAUUUGCCUCUUUCAUGCCAUGUAGGAUAUCAUUCUAUGCAAGUUGAAAUCCGCCCAUAUUGUGUAGGUAAAUGUUUGUGUUGACGUGCCUGAACUGAAGUCUUUUUCUGUAUUGCUUGUGAUUAAUAUUACUGUACUUCCAAUGAUAGAGACAUGACAUUAUAAAGCUUGUAUGCAUAUCAGUAAUACACUCAUUUUAUUUUCUAUAUUAAUUUUAUAUCAUAACAGGCAUCAUUUCAAAGACGAUAACUAGUCAAGAUAACUCAUAUGAAAUAUUCCUCGUUAGAACUACAAGAAUGGGAAUAUUUUAUUUAAAAGCAUGGGACAAUAACAUGAAACCUGAAAAACACAAUUAUGAAAACAUAAUUUUUUGCCAUUGUUGGUUUUCCAUACAUUUAUAGCACAAAGGAAAAUUACAAAUCAUGCAGUAUUCAGAAUAAGUAUUUAAGAUUGUGGUGUUGUAACUUGUAAGCAAUGAAAUUAUAUGAAGAAAGUUCCCUGUUUAGGUUGAUCAGGAUGGUCAUAAGAGUGAAAUUAUGCAAGAUUUUUGUCAAAAAAAAAAAUCAAUAUUCUAUGUUUUACAGUGCUUGAUGAUGGGUCUAAUUUACAACAGUUUACUCCAAUGCAUGCUCAUGUGAGCUCUUUGUGUGUAGAAGAGAAUAUUUUUAAUGAACUUCAAAUUCUAAUAAUGUUUGCAAAAUGUUUUACAAGUUUCUUCAAUUUCUUCAUGGAAACUAAAUUUAGUGUUCACAAUUCAGUUUAAGAGUGUUUCUAUAGCUGGCUUUGGAAAAGCUUGAAAACUGAAGUGAAAAUUUGUGGUUACCUUGACAUUAUGCAACCAAAAGUAUUGAGCCUCUCCUCAAUUGAAUACUAUGCAUAUACCGUAAUUGAAUAGACAAAGGAUAAAAGGAAAACAAUGUAUGGGAUUUUUCAGUGUCAGAGCUUCACAACAUUAAGAUUUUUGAUAAAAUGUGCAGUGACCAAUCACGAUCAUACACACUUUUUUCAAAAUACUGACCAGGAAUGAAUCAGAGUGGUUCUUCCACAUUGACAAUUUAUUAUUAAAAAAACCCUUGAUUGUCUGUUUUACACAAAAACAACUUUCAUCCAUCAGGCAAAUUAACUUGCUCUAUUCAUUGCAUCCUUUUUGUGAAACAUUGCAUCCAAAGGUAUCAAAUAAGGUAUUCAUUCAUUAUUUCAUUAAUGAUGUUCUUGAUUGCCAAUAUUAAAGUGGGGUUAAUUGUAUUUUCAUUAUACAGCAAUGCCCUCAUUGUCAUUUGUAAUGAUAUUUUCUUAGAACUACAUGUACACUGUAUAUAGUUAUAAGGCUUUCAAAUUCCAGUUGUUUGUAUAUGUUAUUGUAUAUAUUGUAAAACAAAAUGUUCAUGCCUAAUCAAUGAAGUUUGUUAAUAAAUUCAAAAUCAUAAAAAACUGAAAUAAUAAUGAAAUAAAAACCUUUGGGAUUUGCUCAGUCGAUGCUUCAAUAUAUUAAUUAUUUUGCUGAAAUAUUCAUGAAUAUUUAACAAAAAAUUUGUUCAAAUAUGGAUAAUAUAUGAUGCCCCUUGUUAUAAAAGCCACUGAAAAUUAUACCCCUUCAUACUGCUCACUUCAUUUUUCACCGGCGAACUUCUCCGCCUCGCAUUCCUCACUUCCCCGGCGAAGAAAAAAUGCACCCUUUCGCACUGACAUUUCUUCCACGGCGAAAGUCAACGGGCGAUUGCAGAACAAACAAAAGAAAAUUGUAAACAUUACUUCUUACAUAUUUCAAAAGGUAUAAAAACAAUUAAUUACACAUAUUUUGGAAGUAUUACGAGAAAAACAAACAAUAUCACCUUGUUUUUAUAUUUUAGCGCAUUUUAUACAUGUAAAAAUUGCUUUUUAAUAAAUAUUGUUAGUAAAACAAAAUUAUGUUCUAGGGUAUCUACUUGGCCAUAGCAUUCAGCUGAGCUUGCAACUAUCGCGCGCGGAAUCUCGGUACAGAGGACUUCGGGAGAGAAAAAAUUGACCUCUGAUGUCAUUAAAGAGGAGAAGUUCUCCGGUUUGCUUUCAUACUGGCUGUUUCACCGGCGAAGUUCUCCUGUGUACCUUUCAUACUGGACACUUUCCCCUUUGCGGUGAAAAGCGCAAUAUGAAAGGGGUAUAAAAAGCACAAGUCUCUCUAUCUGUAUGAAAGUGCACUAAUACCAGCUAUGCAUCAAUUAAUUAUCAUGAUUUAUUGCUUUGAAAGUUGUUGUUUUGAAGGAAUGUGUUUUUAGCACCUGAAUUAUAUUUAAUAGUGAAAGUACUUUUAGAUAAAAUCUAUUAAAAAACCUUUAAAAUCCUUUUUACAAUGCCAUGUUCAACUCUUUACUCUGUUAUAAAUAUUUAUAAAUUACAGAUUCUUUAUCUACUAAUGAAACAUAUACAGAUACAUACAACUCAUUAAAAUGCCAGACUCUCGACAAAUUGUAUAGUUAUGAGUUAUGCUAGUCUAAUAGUAUAACUACAGAUAUAUGUACAUAGUUUCACCUAGACAGCUCAAAAUAUUUUUUCUGAAAUAAAUGUAUUGCUCCUGUAAACAGUCC